GCGACUGCGUCCAAUUUCUCUUUCGUUCCCCUUAAACUUCUUUUGGUUUCUUUUUUCUUUUACAGUAUUUUUUGUCUUCUUUCGGGGCCGGCCCACAUUUGAUAGUUAGUUUAUUGCUUUUCAUUCCCUUCUUGUUCCGUUGCCCCCUCCAGGUACUUUGUUGCUGCGCUUUUCUGUGCUCUGUUUCAAAGCAUUUGUUCGCGUCUGGAACGCCUCCCGUACCUCCACAUCAUCCUUAAUCGCUAGGAAUAACUAUGGCCACAUCCUUGAAAGCAGAGUUGGACACUUGGGCAGCAGCUUUGAAGGCCUAUGAUGAGCAGGAUUUCGAGAAGGCCCUGGAUUCAUUUUCGCGUAUUGCAGAUUCCUCUAAAAUCCUCACGAACAUGGGGCUAAUCUACGCCACGAUCGGUGAGCAUGAGGCUGCAGUCGAGCAGUUCAUGGCUGCUACAACCCUUGAUCCGUUCCUUGCUAUUGCCUACUUUCAAUGCGGGGUCUCUAACUUUUUACUGAGCCGAUACGAUGUCGCUCUCCAAAACUUUGAUGAUGCGCUGCUUUAUCUUCGUGGGAACCAAGCCAUUAAUUAUGAACAAAUCGGCCUCAAGUUCAAACUAUUUUCCCCUGAAGUGCUUUUCAAUAAAGGCCUUUCUCAUAUUUAUCUUGGCUACCCGGCUGAGGGGCUAGCUGAGAUGGAGGACGCGCGCAAUCAGAAGGUGACCGAUGAGCACAACGUGAUUGACGAUGCCCUUAGAGAUCGUGGAGAGGGAUAUACGGUCUUUAGCAUUCCUGUGGGCGUGCUGUACCGCCCCUCGGAGAAUAAGCUCAAAAAUUCCAAGAGCAAAGACUAUCUUGGGAAAGCGAGACUUGUUGCAGCAUCAGACGCCACUGAUGCGUUCACUGAAUUCACUGGCGUCAAGAAACUCAAGGAGGAGCGUGAGAAAGCAAGAGAAAGAGAUCAAGAAAAAGAUCAAGAAAGGGACGACGAUGGGUUGAGGAGAAGUGCAACCGUUCCCGCGUUACGUGCUGAUCCCAUCGGCCGGCCUAACAUCGAGCGCUCUAAAACAACGACUGCGGGUCUAAGGCCCACUACUCCCGCCUUCCCGUCUGGUGCUAAUGUACCUCCCCUGCCCCCCACGUCAGGUUUGUCGAGGAGCAACACUGCCGCACCUUCGCGCAUCAACGUUUCCACCCUCACUUCUAGUCGCCAACCAUCCGAUUCUGCUGAACCACCUGCACGGUCACCUACAUCACCUUUGUCGAGGAACAACUCCAUGGCACCUUCGCGCAGCAACACGACCAUAGCAUCUAUUCGUCCCACAACCCCUUCAUCAGGUGUAGCCGUAGCUGUGUCGAGAGGACUGACUAUAAGGAAAAAAGAACCUAUGCCCAGCCAACUUGUCAAUCAACCUGGGACUCUCUUUCAGCCUCCAUUUGCGCCUCAAUCCCACCCUGAUUCAACGCAGGUGCCGAGACAAUACCAACAGCAGUUAUAUCAGAACCAGCUGCCAGCACGUAAUCAGUAUCAGCAACCUCAGCCGUACCAAGCUCAGAGUCUUCCUGACAACGGGUAUCCUGCGAUGCCAGCUAGCCUCCAGUCAAGCGUUCCCGUACCGAAGGCGCCUUUCGUGCUCCGUGCUGCCCCUCCUUCCCAAGAGGUAUCGGCUCGACAGCCAGAUUUCUUCGAUGACUACAUUGGUGCCUACACGGAAGACUAUUCAGUUUCUGCCGUGCCAGGAUCGCUACCUAACAUGGGCGUCGAUCGCGUGGCAUUGUGGCCUCAGGGAAGCGUACAGUCAAGUCCAGGGACUACGGGCUCGAACUUGAGCACUGGUUCGAUGAUUCAGCGGAUGCCCUCACGCAAUGCGAUCGCCACGCCGUAUCCGCAGGGGUCCUUGAACCCUGAGGCGCCAAUCGGAGCCAAUAUCUCCCGCGCCGGUAGUGGAAGCAUGCGCCGGAAACCAACCAGACGAGCGACGCAGAGGCGGCCGAAGACAGCGUACGAGGAGGAGGAAGAGGGGUAUGUGAGUGGGGAGUAUGACGAUCCUUAUGAAUUGUCGAAUAUCCGUGUCAAGUUGCACUACCAAGGCGAUGUGCGUGGAAUGACGCUAACGCCAGACACAUUAUUCGAAGAAUUUGUCGAGCGCGUGACGAGCAAGUUUGGCACUGCUAUGGACGGUCUGGGUCUCAAGUUCAAGGAUGAAGAUGAUGUGAAAGUGACGAUAAGAGAUGGCAGCGAUUAUGAACUUGCCAUCGAGACUGCACGAGCGAACGCCAAGGGGAGGGGUGAGGGGAAGCUGGAGAUUUGGUGCACAGAUAUGUAAGACUGACGUGCUGACUCUUGCUUGCAUAUUAUCUCUCUGUCGAUGGGUUUGGAUUAUUUUUGGAGGACGUGUGUCGUAUGCACUUAAUAUUUUACUCCUCUAUCACUGUUGUACCAAGAUCUACAAUAUUAUCUUGUUAUUUUGUUU